AUGGCGGCAGAGGCCUCGACGACGACGACGGCCGGGCUCAGCGCGCCUUCCUGCCACAUAGUGGGGAGUAAGAGUGGCCCGCGGGGUUUUUCGGGGUGCCAGUGCACUCGGUGUGGAAGAAAGGUGUCCGUGGCCUCCUCCGGUCACCACCAUGAGCUUCAGUGUGGACAUGCCUUUUGUGAACAGUGCUUAUUAGUAACUCAGGAAUAUACCACAAGUAAAUGCCCUGAUUGUGAGAUUCAUACAACUGUCAGUAUGAAUCAAGGGGACUGCCCAAUGGAUGGAUUUAAAGAAGAUUCUUCUCUGGAAGCAUUGCAACCUAAAAUGGUAAAGCACUGCUCUUCAGACCUUAAAAAGACAGUGGACCAACUAAUUGUUGAUUUGGAACAUUCAUCCUCUGUGCACAGGACUGUUUCAAGCCCGUCAGCUGUAAUGUUGGAGACAGAAGAAAUCGACGAAGCACUGAAGAUAGCAGGCUAUAAUUUUGAACAAUUAAGUAAUGCUAUAAAAAUGCUUGAUAGUACACAAAAUCAAACAAGAGAGGAGACACACAGUCUAACAGAGGUUGUGGAGAAACAAUUUGAUAAACUUCUUGCUUCUCUUGAUUCCAGGAAAAAGAGCUUGUGUGAAGAACUUGUAAGACGCACAGAUGAUUAUUUAUCAAAAUUAGCAACAGUUAAAAGCUACAUUGAAGAGAAAAAAAACGAUUUGGAUGCAGCUAUGAAGAUAGCAAAAGAACUCAAAUCAGCACCUUCUUUGAGGACCUACUGUGACCUGACUCAGAUUAUCCGGACCUUGAAGUUAACAUUUGAAAGUGAAUUGUCGCAAGUUAAUUCCAUAAUUCCAAGGAACCCCCCGAGGUUGGAUAUAAAUUACGGCGAGAUUAUCUGUAUGUUCAACAGUAUGGGAAAGAUUGAAUUUGAGGACUCAACAAAAUGUUACCCUCAAGAAAAUGAAAUUGGACAGAAUGUUCAAAAAUUUAAUAAUAAAAAGGAACUUUGUUGUGAUGCAUACUCAUCACUAGAAAAGAAAAGGGUAGACACAGCUGUCCUGGCUGGUGAAGCACCUGUACUCCCUUUGCAACCAGAGACCCCUGUCAAGCAUUUAGAAGGGAAAAGCAAGCAGCCGCAGAAAGAGGUGGCUGUAGUAACGUCUCCCAAGACUAUUGCUGUGCUGCCUCAACUGGGAUCUAGUCCUGAUGUGAUAAUUGAAGAAAUUAUUGAGGAAAACCUAGAAUGUUGUCCAGAGCUAGUCUUUGUAAGCCAUGUAAUACAUCCUUGCCACUUCUAUGUGCGGAAAUAUUCACAAAUAAAAGAUGCAACAGUAUUGGAGAAGAAGAUGAAGCAAGUUUGUAAUAAGAACUUGCACCUUGAUCCUUCAGACAUUUUGGAGCUAGGUGCAAGAAUAUUUGUCAACAGUAUUGAGAACAGAAUGUGGUGUCGAGGAAUUAUCACUGAAAUAAUUCCAACAAAAACUAAAAAUAUUAGAAAACCAUGUAAUCCAACCAAAUUCUCAGUCUGUGAAAUUUCACUAAUACAGAUAUUCAUGGUAGAUUUUGGAAAUUCUGAAGUCCUGAUCAUCACAGGAGUUGGUGACACACAUAUGCGACCAGAGCAUGUUGGUGAACAACAUAUUACACUAAGUGACUUCUGUCUGCUUCUACGGAAGUCUGAACCAUAUAGUGAAGAACUGCUGAAAGAUGUCCCACCUUUAGCACACCUGUGCUCCUUGAAAGACAUCGUUCCAUACAAUUCAAGUGAAGGCUGGGAAAAGGAGGCAAAAGUAGAAUUUUUGAAAAUGGUAAAUAACAAGGCUGUUUUAAUGAAAGUUUUUGGAGAAGAAGAUGAUGUGCUUAUUGUAGAUCUGCAGAAACCACCAACAAAUAAAAUCAGCAGUGAUAUGCCUGUGUCUCUCAGAGAUGCGUUGGUUUUUAUGGAACUAGCAAGGUUUAGGUCACAAUCACCAAGAAGUCACAGUGAAAAAAAUACAACUUUAUGCUAUCAUCCACCCAUUUUGCCUGAAGAGAUGACAGAAGUUUCAGUCAUGGUUUGCCAUAUAAAUAGCCCUACUGACUUUUACCUUCAGUUUAUGGAGAACCUGGACUUUUUAUCUCUUUUAAAGACAAUUGAGGAAUUCUAUAAAGGUGAAGAUGGAGAAAAUCUGGAAAUCCUUUGUCCAGUCCAGGAUCAAGCCUGUGUAGCAAAAUUUGAAGAUGGAAUUUGGUAUCGUGCAAAAGUCAUUGGAUUGCCUGGACAUCGGGAAGUAGAAGUCAAAUAUGUGGACUUCGGUAAUACUGCAAAAAUAACUCUUAAAGAUAUGCGGAAAAUAAAGGAUGAGUUUCUGGAACCCCCAGAGAAGGCAAUUAAAUGUAAGCUGGCAUAUAUUGAACCAAAUAAAAGAACACAGUGGUCCAAAAAAGCUAAAGAAAAAUUUGAAGAAAAGACUCAAGACAAAUUUGUGACAUGUUCUAUUAUUAAGAUUCUGAAAGAUAAUGUGCUCUUGGUUGAGCUUUUUGAUUCUCGGGCUCCUGGAGCAACUGCUAUUAGUAUUAAUGACCAGCUCGUCAAAGAAGGCCUAGCAUCUUAUGAAGCAGGAUAUACCCUCAAAGAUAAUUCUAAAAAACAUCUUGAAGUAUGGGAUCCUUCUCCUGAAGAAAUCAUUUCAAGUGAAAUAAACAGCUUAAGUCCUCUAUCUGUAAAAUCUCUACCUAAUGAGAAUUUCCAGUCAUUGUAUAACAAGGAGUUGCCUGUGAACAUAUGUAAUGUAAUAUCUCCUGAGAAGAUUUACGUUCAGUGGUUAUUAACAGAAAAUUUACUUAAUAGUUUGGAAGAGAAGAUGACAGCUGCCUAUGAGGACUCUGAAUGGAGACCUGUUAGGUGGGAACGUGAUAUGCACUGUGCUGUUAAGGUCCCAUCUAAAAGUCAGUGGAGAAGAGGCCAGAUUAUCAGAGUGGUUACAGACACAUUGGUGGAGGUCUUGCUGUAUGAUGUGGGUGUUGAACUAGUAGUGAAUAUUCACUCUUUAAGAGAACUUCAAGAAAAUCUAAAGACAAUGGGAAGAUUAUCUUUGGAAUGUUCACUUGUUGAUAUAAGACCGACUGGUGGAGCUGACAAGUGGACAGCAACAGCUUGUGACUGUCUGUCACUGUACCUCACUGGAGCUAUAGCAACCAUAAUCUUACAGGAAAACAGCACAACAUGGCCAUUACCUGUGAAAAUUUUCUGCCGAGAUGAAAAAGGAGAACGUGUUGAUGUUUCUAAAUACUUGAUUAAAAAAGGUUUGGCUUUGAGAGAAAGAAGAAUUAGUAAAUCAAAUAAUAGCCAUUCAUCUGAGAAGUCUUUGGAAAUCUCCCUGGAAGAAGAUUCAAUGGUUACUAAGUGCUUAAAAAUUAACUUUGACACUAACAAGAAAAUUGCUGAUAAAACCAAUGAACACAAAGUACCUGAUUCAAAGGAGAAAAAAUCAGAAACUAGAACCACCAGAUGCUAUAAAGCACCAGCUAUUCCUAACACGAAUGCAUUUGAGGCAGUGGUGAGCUGCAUUGGUGAUGAUGGAACUAUAUUUGUAGUGCCUAAAUUAUCAGAGUUUGAGCUCAUCAAAAUGAUGGAUGAAAUUCAAAGUAAUUUAAAGUGCCUUGGUCUUUUGGAGCCAUACAUCUGGAAAAAGGGAGAACCUUGUGCAGUGAGAGGAUCUGAUACUUUGUGGUACCGCGGCAAAGUCAUGGAGGUUGUGGGAGGCACCAUCAGGGUGCAAUAUUUAGAUCAUGGGUUCACUGAGAAGAUUCCACAGUGCCAUCUUUAUCCUAUUUUGCUGUAUCCUGAUACACCCCCGUUUUGUAUUCCCUGUCAGCUCUAUCAGACCUUACCGGUUGGGAAUGUGUGGCAGCCAGAUGCCAUAGAGCUGCUUCAAGAGUUGCUUUCAAAGAGAGAGGUGGACAUUCACAUUAUGGAAUUACCUGAAAAUCCAUGGGGAAAGUUGUCUGUUCAUCUCUAUUUUGAUGGGAUGUCACUUUCUCAUUUUAUGGCCCAUCAUAAGUAUUGUAUUUUUGAACAUUCUGAGGAGAUAUUUAAAGAAAAACCAAGAGGUCAGAAUAAAAAAUAUGAAGAUGAAAACUGGAAAAUAAGAUUUGAGGAAUUGCUUUUGCCUGAAAUGGAGGCUCCCAUUUUACCCCCGUAUCUGUCUUCAUUUCUACCUCCACCAGAGGAGCUGUAUGCUGUGCAAGUGAAGCAUAUCAUCUCACCUGAUGAAGUAUAUAUUUGCCUUGACUCUGUGGAAAGCUGUGCUCAGUUUAACCAUCAUGGUGACACAGAUGACAGUGGAAUCAGUUGGGAAUCUGAAUCAGAGAACCUGGAAGAAGCACUGCAGAGAUUUAACAAGAAUGUGGAGACCUUCCCUCCCCUGACAGACUUUAGCUCAGAAAUGCCUUGCCUCGCAGAAUAUGCUGAUGGUUUGUGGUAUAGAGCAAAGAUUGUUUCCAUUAAAGAAUUUAAUCCUUUAUCUGUCCUAGUACUAUUUGUUGAUUAUGGGUCCACAGAGAAGCUCACAAUAAACAGACUACGUCAGAUUCCUGUUCAGCUUAUGCAGUAUCCAGCCCAAGCCAUAAAGGUUCUCUUGGCAGGGUUUAAACCACCCUUAAGCGACUCAGGAAAGGCAAGAAUACCAUACUGUCCCAAGUGGAGCAUGGAAGCAUUAUGGACUAUGAUAGACUGUCUCCAAGGAAAACAACUUUAUGCUUCCUCUGUGGCCCAAGCACCAGAACAAAUAGUGACAUUAUAUGAAGAUGAACAAUACCCAGUUCAUAUGUCCUUGGUAGAAAUGGGGCUUGCAGAUAAAGAUGAAUGAUGUAAGUGUGCAUACUUGGUCACCUAUUUAGUCAGCAUAUGUGUGUCUACACAUGACCGCUAUGGCAGAGAUUAAAUGCUAAAUUGCUUAUGAAAGCAUCUCAGAUAUUCUAAUUUCUCAAAAGAUGACGUUCUACAAGAACUCUUCUCCAGAUUUUGUCACUCUAGGCCUUUCUGCCUCUUGAACACCAUUAUGAAUGACCCCUUGUAUUUGUAAACGUGGUCGGGAAUGGCUGUCAUGGCUGCCCUAGUACUGAUGGGAAUGGGGCAAGUCAAACAGGACAGUAGGCACCACAAGUAACUUAUGCUCAUCACCAAGUAGCAGGCAUACAGAACUACUGGGGGACCCAGCCAGCUAGCCAGUGGUUCAGCUAGACUUGAAUAAAGCAUAAAGGCAAGUCUUACAGGAACGUUUUCUGUUUUUCAGGUGUGCAAGAGCACCUGUAGCUGCCCAGAAGAAAGUUUUCAGUUAGAUUUGUGCCAUUUCAGGUUUGACUUUAACUUGCUCUGCAGUGGCAUCAUUUUUCCUCCUUUAGUCUUACUUGUUAAAUUGUUAAAGAAUGUUUUCUUUGAAACAUUUUUGUUUUUACUAUAAUUUCAAAAUAAAAUUUAGGCACAUAGAAAUUUUAGUUCAUGUUAUUAAUUAAGGUUUUACUUAGGAAAUAUCAGAACUGUUGAUGGUCCUGCACUGUCUCACCCCAUCAGCCCCAACUCCCUUACAGAGGUGAGUGUGCCUGAGCUAUAGUUACAUACGUCUUUGUGAUUGAGCUGCGUGAGUCUGUAGGAGUGAGCACUGUGAAACCCAGGUACCAUUCCCACUGUGGCUCUGCUGUGUUGGUGGCACCUCUACCACACUAACCUCACUGCCCAUCUGAGUCAUGGGCUUACUGUUAGGUGCUCAGGUGGCUACUGGCUUUGCUGUUCUUCUCAGUUGCAGUCUCCUCUAGGCCCUGACACGUGAGAGGUUUCCCCUAUAUUUGCACAGUAGUGGGAUUUGCUGGGUCAGGGGGUUACUUUUGAAAAAGUAGUUACACAUUCCUGAAGAUGGCAGUUGACACCUUUUCCUUUGAAGUUUAUGUCUUACUUAAAAAUUCUUCCACAGCCUAAAGUAAUAUAUAUAUAUAUAUAUUUUUGUUAUUGUUUUUCCCAUUCUGUUUUUUUCUUUUCCUUUUCUUUAUUUCUGGUUUUUCAAGACAGGGUUUCUCUGUGUUAACAGCCCUGGCUGCCCUGGAACUGGCUUUGUAGACCAGGCUGGCCUCCAACUCACAGAGAUCUGCCUGGCUCUGCUUCCCAAAUGCUGGGAUUAAAGGUGUGUGCCACCGCUUCCUGGCUAGCCACAUUCAGUUCUUAAAUCACCUGGAACUGAAUUUUUUAAUGAGUAAUGGUCAAUAUAUCGUCCUUUAUAAAUUUGCCCUUUCUUGGAGUAUAGCUUGCUUGUGCUGCCUACCACCUCUCGGGCAACAACAUGAAGGCUGUGAUGUGUUCACACCAGCUACUUCUGUUCUUGACAAGUUAUGCAGCACCUUGGCUGUAACUGCUUUCUCCUAAGACUCUUUACGACUUGUAAUAUGUUUCGGCCUGUUUGUGUUCAUCUCAGUUCAUGAGUCUUUGUAGUAAACGACAGUUUUCAUUUUAGUAUUGGCUGCGUGAUAUUCUGACACACACUUUCUGGGAAGUCCACAUCCUGUGGCUGAUGUGCCUGUGGAACAAGUAUCUAAUACACUUCUUUUACUUCUUACUGUAAAAACCUGCACAAGCCAUGUGUGGUGGCACACAGCUUUAAUCCCAGCACUGGGGACACAGAGGCAGGUGGAUCUCUAUGAAUUCAAUGCUAGCCUGACCUACAGAGCGAGUUCCAGGCUAGCCAAGGCUACACAGUGGGGCCCAGACUCCAAAACACAAGAACAAAAAAGCAAAGAUGUUAAAAAAAAA